AUGCAGGCUGAGGCUGAGGCGAGGGCCAUCGCGGAGGCUGAGGAGGCGAAGCGGAAGGAGGAGGAGUUCUUGGCCAACAUCGAGGUCGAGGUUGCCAAAUCCGCGAUUGACCACAUCGCCAACGCGCCGGGCCGAAACCUCUACUUCACCGUCCCCGAGAAGCUCGUCGCCGGGAAGCCCGCCAAGAUUUACAUCAACACCGCGAACAGCGGCAUCCUCGGCGGCAGGCACAGCGUCCGACUCGAGGCGGGUUUCAACGACUGGAAGCUGGAUAAGUUUGACACGUCGAUGAAGCCCGCGGGUCCCGGCGGGUUCUUCUACACCGACUUUGUUGUCCCCGAGCUGGCGUACUGCUUCAACUGCGUGUUCGAGGCUGACAACAUGUACGACAACAACGGCGGUGAGAACUGGUACGAGGAGGUUCACUACGGCAAGACCAAGGAGGAGGUCGAGAAGUACUUCCACGAUAAGAAGAUCUACGAGGCGGCGCUAGAGGAGGCCACCAAGGAGAUUGAGGUGGAGAAGUACGAGCAGGGCAACCGCAAGGAGGGCGUCGCGGAGGGCGAGCUCCACAAGGAUGGUCGCUGCAUUGUCAAGUCUGACCUGCCAGUCAAGCCCGGCGCGACGGUCCAGAUGAUGUUCAACAAGGCGAUGAACCCGAUCGGCGGCGACGGGAAGAUUCGCAUCCACGUGGGCUUCAACAAGUUCGCCCAGGGUUUCGAGCAGGAGAUCACCAUGGAGCUGGUCAAGGGCGCGGCGAUGGACGACCAGAACUACUGGUGGGGUGCCACCGUCAAGAUUCCCCCCACGGCGUACACCGUCGACAUGGUCAUCUCGGACGAGGCUGAGGAUGCGUGGGACAACAACGACGGCAACGACUAUCGCCUCCUCGUGAAGGGCGGCGGCAACGCCACCAACGAGGAGUGGGACGCGCGCAUCCAGGAGCGGAUGGCCUACAUCGCCAUUCAGAAGGAGCUGGAGGCGAAGCGGCAGAAGGAGGCGCUUCGCGCGCGUCGGUUGCGAAAGGCGGAGGCGAGCAAGAAGGCUCGCGAGGUGACCGUGCGCCAGACGCAGCACAUUCUCACCACGGAGCCCACGCACCCGGUGGCGGGCGAGGAGGUGACCAUCACCUACCACCCGGAGAACACCAACCUCGGCAUGGCGCAGGAGGUGUACCUCACCGGGGGGUUCAACCGCUGGACGCACCCGGAGCCGCCGGGGGCGGUUAAGAUGGAGGCAAACCCCGACAAGCUGGGCGUCGGGUCGGCGGUGACGUGCAAGAUCAAAAUCCCGGAGGAUGCGUGGAUGAUGGACUUUGUCUUCAGCGACGGCAUCGCGGAGGGGAGCACGUACGACAACCACUUUGGCAAGGAUUACCACAUACCCAUCGAGGGCAGCACGGAGGAGAAGCCGCCGCUGCACGUCGUCCACGUCUCCGUCGAGAUGGCGCCCAUCGCGAAGGUUGGCGGCCUCGGCGACGUGGUCACCGCGCUCGCGCGCGCGGUUCACGACCAGGGCAACAUGGUGGAGAUCAUCCUCCCGAAGUACUCGUUCUUCAACAUGUCCCCGAUGCUCGGCGGGAUGCAGUACGAGACGCAGUUCGAGUGGGGCGGGACCACCAUCGUGGUGCAGCGGUGCAUCGUAGAGGGCAUCCAGGUUUUCUUCAUCGAACCCCAGAACGGCUUCUUCGACGUCGGGUCCGUGUACGGCAGGAACGACGACGGCGUCAAGUUCGACUACUUCUGCAACGCGGCGCUGGAGUUCCUCACGUGCACGCAGAGGCAACCCGACAUCCUCCACUGCCACGAUUGGUCCACCGCGGAGGUUGCCUCUGCGUACUGGGGCAACUACCAUCACUACGGACUUUGGAAGCCCAAGGUUGUGUUCACCAUCCACAACAUGAACUACGGGCAGAUGAAGAUCGGGGAGGCGAGCUUCCACUCGCAGAUCACCACCACCGUGUCCCCCUCGUACGCCGGCGAGGUUGCCGGCCACCCCGCGGUGAACCAGAACCUCCACAAGUUCCACGGCGUGCGCAACGGCAUCGACACCGAGAUCUGGGACCCCGAGACGGACCAGUUCCUCCCCAUGAAUUACAACGCUGACAACCACGAGGCCGGCAAGCGCGCCGCGCGCGAGACGCUCCAGUCCCGUUUCGGUCUCACCUGGGGCUCCGACCAGCCCAUGGUGGCUGUCGUUUCGCGCCUCACCGCGCAGAAGGGUCUCGACCUCAUCAAGCAUGCCAUCGGCCACAGCGUCAAGCGCGGCGCGCAGUUUGUCCUCCUCGGCUCCGCGCCCGAUCCCCGCGUGCAGGCUGACUUUAACGCGAUGGCCGGGCACAUGGGCGGACCGAACGCGGCGUUCUGCUUCGCGUUCGAUGAGCCCUUGUCCCACGUCGUGUACGCCGCCGCGGAUUUCAUCCUGGUGCCGUCGAUGUUUGAGCCCUGCGGCUUGACGCAGAUGAUCUCCAUGCGGUACGGUGCCGUGCCCGUGGUGCGCGCCACGGGCGGCCUCCGCGAUACCGUCUUCGACCUGGACACCGAGAAGGCGCGCGCGGCGUGGGAGGUUGACGGGUCCACCGACUUCAAGGAAACCGGCGACCAGACGAACGGAUUCUCCUUUGAGGGUACCGACCCCGAGGCGCUCAACUACGCGCUGGACCGCGCGCUGGACUGCUACUACAACGACAAGGUGUGGUUCAGGACGCUUCAGGAGAGGAUCAUGCGCCAGGACUGGUCGUGGAAUCGUCCGGCGCUCGACUACAUCGAACUCUAUUACAGCGCCAUCCGCAGCUAA